UGCGCACAUGUUUUUUAACUGGGAUAAAAAUACAGAAUUUUAAUUAAUACCCCGUUUAAUUUCGAUAAACCAACCGUAAACACUGUAUAUCACUCGCUACAAGCGCUAUUUCAAGGUUAUCAAGCCUAUUUUCGUGCAUACCAAACCAAUGAUUACCGGUAACCAGUUGAUGAAUUGUAGUUUUUGAUUUAUCUAAAAUCCCGCGAUAAAGUCCGUGCGGGGGGUAUUUAGUGAUAAUAUCCUGACCCUGCUAAGUGUUAUAAGCGUAACUGGAAUAGCAGACGUUCAUUUGGUGCCGAAGCGUCGAACGAUCUCAACAAGAUGCUCCGUUUAGCAAGAUCAGCCUUUGGCAGGGUCCAGAAAUGUAAUUUCUCGGCAGCGGCGGUCCCGGCGCCUCAAGAGAGCCCCAAUGUGAUGUACUCGGGGAUUUUUAUCAAUAACGAAUGGCACAAAUCGAAAUCGGGCAAAACCUUCCCCACCGUGAACCCCACCACCGGUGAAAUCAUCACCGAGGUGCAGCAAGGGGCCAAGGAAGACAUCGACUUGGCUGUUGAUGCCGCCAAUGAGGCCUUCCGCUUCAACUCCCCCUGGCGCACCAUGGACGCCUCCGACCGGGGGCUGCUCCUGAACCGCCUGGCGGACCUGAUGGAGCGCGACGCCGCGUACUUGGCGAGUCUCGAAACCUUAGACAACGGUAAACCGUACCAUGUGGCCUACCCUGUCGACAUCAUGGGCAGUAUCAAAGUGAUAAGGUACAUGGCCGGCUGGGCUGACAAAAACCACGGCAGGGUCAUACCCCUGGACGGCCCCUUCAUGUGCUACACGCGCCACGAGCCCGUCGGAGUCUGCGGGCAAAUCAUCCCCUGGAACUUCCCCCUGCUGAUGAUGGCGUGGAAGAUCGGCCCUGCCUUGAGCAUGGGGAACACGGUGGUGCUCAAGCCCGCCGAGCAAACCCCCCUGACAGCCCUCUACACGGCGCAGUUGAUCAAAGAGGCCGGGUUCCCCCCAGGCGUCUUCAAUCUAGUGCCCGGGUUCGGCGACGCGGGGGCCGCACUUGUCUCCAACCCCAAAGUCGAUAAAAUCGCAUUUACGGGAUCGACCGAAGUGGGGCUGAAAAUCCAGCAAAUGUCAGGCGUUGGUAACUUGAAACGGACCACCUUGGAAUUGGGGGGCAAAAGCCCCAACAUUAUCCUGGCCGAUGUUGAUAUCGAGAAGGCCGUGGAACAAGCCCACUUCGGGCUGUUCUUCAAUCAAGGACAAGUGUGCUGUGCGGGCUCACGGACCUUCAUCGAGGACAAAAUCUACGACGAGUUUGUCGAAAGGUCGGUCGAACGGGCGAAAAAGCGCACCGUUGGCAACCCCUUUGACCCCAAAACGGAGCAAGGGCCCCAGAUUGAUGAAACCCAAAUGACGAAAAUCCUGGGUUUGGUUAAAGAAGGGGUGAACCAAGGGGCAAAAUUGUUGGUUGGGGGUAAGAGAGUUGGGGAUAAGGGAUAUUUCGUUGAACCGACAGUUUUCGCCAAUGUUGAGGAUAACCACGUGAUUGCCAAAGAAGAAAUUUUUGGGCCAGUGCAACAAUUGAUGCGGUUCAAGGACUUGGAUGAGAUUAUAGAACGGGCGAAUAAUACCAAUUAUGGGCUUGCGGCAGCUGUUUUCUCGAAAGAUUUGGAUAAAGUCAAUUAUCUGGUUCAAGGGAUAAGGGCUGGGACUGUCUGGGUCAACACGUACAAUAUUUUGGGGGCGCAAACGCCGUUUGGAGGGUUCAAGGAUUCGGGACAUGGGCGUGAGAUGGGAAUUUAUGGCUUGAAUCAAUACACUGAAGUUAAAAGUAUUAUUACAUCGGUUGCACGAAAAAACUCGUAAUUGAUAACCUUUAAAAAUGGUAUCGGUUAUUAUGUAACGUUUUUCCAUUGAAAAGUGCUUUUUCAUCAUACAUUUUAAGGUCAAAUUUGAUUGUGUGUUGCCAUAAAUUGUUACGAUUGUUUGUAUUCAUAAUAAAGUUUCUAUAUUUUUA